UUGUAGUUACCUUUUUAAAAAAAUAACGGCUGCUAGCCAGCUCAAGCAUCUUCAGCUAGCAAAAGCAAAAACCGGAGCUGGCUUGGCACUUGUUUGGCCAUGUGGCCAUGGACAAAAAAAAACCCCAAACCCUGGCAACUUCUUGUAGCCCCGAACAGCCAAGGAAAGUCAGAAAGAUAAAAAUGGCCACCACGGCAUUAGUGAUUGAAAGCAAGUCACAUGGCUAGACCAGUGUUUCCCAAACUUGACAAUUUUAAGGCAUGAGGACUGGCUGUGGAAUUCUGGGAGUUGAAGUCCACAUGCCUUAAAAUUGUCAAGUUUGGGAACACUGGGCUAGACAGACCUUUUUGGUCGCAAUUCUGAAUUUCUAAUGUAAGUACCCUCCCUGAAUUAAUUAAAUCGUUUUUGUGAAAAGUGGCUCAAUGAACUCUCGUAUCUGGGGGAUUACCUGUAAAUGCCUCCAGUGUGGAAAGAGCUUUACUGAAAGUCAAGGUCUCCAUAAACAUCAAAGCAUUCAGAGAGGAGAAAAAGCAUAUAAAUGUCGGGAAUGUGGAAGUAGCUCUAGUCAGAGUGGAAACCUUUACAGACAUCAAAGACUCCAUUCAGGAGAGAAACCAUAUAAAUGCCUGGAGCGUGGAAAGGGUUUCUGUGGAAAGGGAAUUCUUUAUCAGCAUCAAUCCACUCAGUGUUAUAGGCCGUUGUAAUUGGGCCAUGUGGAGCAGCAACUUUGCCUUCAGGGUCUGGUUUGAAACAAGGCAAAGCAACUCCUUCUGCCUCGCCCUUUUUACACUCCAGAGCACAAACCUCCUUGCGGUAAGUGCCCUCAUUGUCAUCACGAAUAAGGAACGCUACUGUUGUAUCAUCUGCGAACCUCACAAUGUGGUUGGUGGUAAACCUAGCACAACAGUCAUGGGUCAACAGGGUGAACAGCAGCGGACUUGGGAUGCAGCCCUGAGGAGAACCUGUGCUCAAGAAAAACGGUAUUAGGGGUAUUUGUUCCAUCUUGCACAUAUUGGAGGCUGUUGGUAAGAAAAUCAACAAUCCAGUUAAACAAAGAGCGUUUAAGCUUAAAAGGCCCAGUUUGUCUACUAGAUGCUGGGGAAUGAUUGUGUUAAAUGCCAGACUGAAAUUCUGUGGCUGAAAUUGUCCCUUUUUCCAACAGCCUCAUUUGAUUCAUGACACUUUCCCAUAUCACGUUCUCCUUUUAAUGCAAUGCACGUUUCAAUGGUUAUGUUUAAUAUUAUGGGAUCUUACUGUUCAUGUCUCUGGCAUAACUGAGUAGGAUGAUUUCUUGUCUUGUUUUGUACUUUUUCUACUAUAUGGCUUAUAAAAUGAAACCCGAUUCUGGGUCCUGGAUUUCCCCUUUUCAUUGAGGGAAAUCUCUUUGGUAUAAUAGACUAAUAAAUUGCCUUUAAAUUGUCA